AGUAUCUUAUUACUCUUAAAAAUUUUUCUAAAGAAAAUCAUAUUGGUGAAAUGCUAGCUAAUGAAAUUGCAAUAAUUAUUGAAAAGAUUGAUAGUGAAAAGUUUGUAGCUAUAGUAAUAGAUGCUGUUGCUAAUUGUAGAAUUUUAAGUGAACAUAGUGAAAUAAUUACAAAUUUAGAAAUAAUACAUAUACUUAAAGAUGAAGAUUUUUUUUCAACAUGUAGAUUUAUUUGUCAUAUUUGGGAACCAAUUAAAGAAAGACAUUCUGAUAAUUCAUGUAAAGAAUUAUUAUUACAAUUAAGGUGUUAUGAAGCAAAAUUAAAUCCUUUUGAUCUUGCUUAUACUGAAAUAGAUACUUCUCAAAUAUCAAAUGAAAUUAAUGAUGAUGAAAUGGAAACUUUAGAUUAUAAUCCUGAAGAUAUAAUAAAUAAUUUUUUAUUUGAUGAAUUAAAUGAAAAAAAUGAUGAAUUGGAAUUAAAUGAAAUGGAAUUAAAUAAAAGAAAUGAUGAAAUUGAAUCAAAUUAA